AUGAAGGCGUUUAACGCCUGGCGAGAUGCCGAUAGAGGAAGCAAAACCUCUAGUGAUGCUAUCUCAGAGCUACAGCAGGUCAUUUUGAAAAAGGAUUUAAUGAUAGUGAGUUUACAAUUGCAGUUAGAAACGUACACGGCGCGAUUUGGCGCUUUGCCACCUGAAGAUUUGGACAAAUUGGCACAGUCCGAUGCAAUGAACGAGCUUCCAGUAAAGCAAAACAGGAAAUUAAGUGCUGAGAUUACCGAAUGUGCAGCUGAUAAUAUUACACAAUUACCAAAGUCCAUCGGAUACGAUUUGAAGUCAGUGCAGGAUUCGAAACAGUCUCCACCGCGUGUCAUUGCUACGUCGCCAAGGUUACGAGCUGCAUCCGACGUUGAUGAGACUCGAGUUUGUACGCGCUGUAGCAAAAAUGUAGUGCUGGACUUUGUCGAAGACUCACCCAUGUUUCGACGCCAACUCGAGAGCUUUGAAGAGUCAGUUACAGGACUGUGCGCUCUGUUAAAGGAGAUUGUGUCACAUUCCAAAGAGUAUGCAGCUGCAGGAAAACAUUUUGGUGAAGUGGAGACAGCACUGGCCGAUGAGUUAAUACAGCGUAAACACGCUCGCGCUAUAUUUUCGACAAGUUGUUCGGAGCUCGGCAGUCUCUCAGACCUUUUUGGAGAAAUGCACGAUACGUUGGAACAAUUGCAAAGCUCUCGAGUGAGUAUGUUGCUGGGUGUUGAGUCUUUAUUGAGUCGAUCUAUCCAACAGUUUGCAGAAAAGGAGCUGCUUAAAGAAGCUGGAGAAUUAAAAAAGGAUGUGACAAGGCUGGGUGAUGAAUAUGAAGCGCUACUAGGUAAAUUGUUAAGCAAGUCAAGACAGCCUGGACAACAAGCGAAUGGCACAGGUACACCGACUAGCGGAUCAGACGCAAGCCUUGGCAGUCCAGCGCAAUUCAUAGGAGGUUACAAUGGAAAUGUAGAAUCAAUGAUUACAGGAACGCCAUCAGCUUCCGCGACGUUCGGUGGUGGAAGCAGUAGCAACAUUUUAGGCUUGGACUCUGGCCUCGCAAGUGACAAACAGCAACGAGCUUUGGAGCGGGAAGUUUUAAUAGCUCGUCGACGCUUUGAACUCGCACGUUUUGACCUUGUUCGCUACAUGAAUCGAAUUGACAGCAUGAAGAAGUAUGUCUUAGUCGAAUGUUUUAAUUCGAUCAUGUACGCACAAUUGGGUCACUUCCAUGCGUGCCAUGAGCUUGUGAAAUCGAUCGAGCCUAGUCUUCGCAAACGCCAAGAAAUGCUGCAGGUCUCACGCAAAGAUUUUGAGGAAGACGAGAUAAUGUGGCAAUCGCAGCGAAAAUAUCUUGAUAACUUUUUGCUGCAAGAUAUUGAGCUUGUCAGCUCAAGCUAUCGACCUGGUGAACCGUCUACUGUGGCACCCACUUCACUAAAUGUCGAUACAAAUGGUUUGUUGGAGUUGUUUCCAUCUCUUGACGUGCCUAUUGAGGUUAUUUCGACCGACACAUUAAGCAGUCGACAGACCGUCGCAACCCCUCGUGGCGGCAUCGUUAAGCAAGGCUUUUUAUUUGUUCGCAACUCAAUGUUUCCAGCUCGAAGCUGGAAGCGACGUUGGUUCGAGAUUCAUACUGGCAAGCUUUUCCAGACAACGACGCGUGGAAGUAUUGGUAAGCAUCCUACAGAAGGCAGUCUGACUCUUGUAUGCGAUCUUCUUCUCGCUCGGGUGCGCGAAUUGGAGGGCUCAAGUCUUCCAUUCUGUUUUGAAGUGAUUGACGCAAAUCGUGCGAAGCUAAUUCUACAAGCGACAAGUACGCGCGACAUGAAUGAGUGGAUUGAAGCUGCUAGACGCAGUACAGAAAGCGCAUUAGAAAAACAAUGUCACCGCAAAGAGGUGCAUCCAGAGCAGCAAUCGGUCAUUGACGAACUGAUUGAAGCCAAUCCUUGUUGCGCAGACUGUGGACAGGAGCCAGCUGAGUGGGUAUCGAUUAACAUAGGAUGUCUUUUGUGCAUUGAGUGCUCUGGCAUUCAUCGAAGUCUCGGAGUGCACGAGUCCAAGGUACGAUCCUUAACCUUGGACUCUUGGGAUAUGUCACUGCUUGUUCUCUUGCGUGACGAACUGGGUAACGAUGUUGUCAAUGCUGUGUGGGAGUACACGAUCCCGAAUGGCUGGGCUAAGUCGACGCCCUCAACGUCACGAGAGGUAAAAGCACGAUUUAUUCAGGCCAAAUAUCAUUUCCAUGCCUUUGCUGAACCAGAUGCGACAUUAGAAGACGAUGAUCACGUUUGCAAGCAGGAGUUAGCAAAGCGUUUUAUAGCCGGAGCGUCACGUGGAGAUGUCAAGGAAUUGAUGUGGUGUGUAGCUCAUGGAAUUGACGUUAACGUACGCGUGGGAGAAAUGGAAGAAACUGCUCUACAUGUGAGCGCAGCCUCUGGUUCCGCAACCUGUUGCGAUUACCUUGUUCUAAACGGAUCAAAUCUGACGCUGAUUGACAAGCGUGGUUGGUCGCCAUAUGAUGCUGCUAAGGCUGGAGGCUUUGAAUCAAUUAAAGUUGCUUUGAUGCAAAAAAUGAGUCUCGAGCAGAACCAGACUUAG